AUACACUUACCGUUAACUUACCUCAGAGACGACCAGCCGACCGUUUAAUAACCAGCCACAAACCUCACCCAACUGCAUUCCCCUAGCACAUCGCGAUGGCUAACAACGGAUACGACGUCGUGGUGGAUGUUGACGAUGAGGGCGAUCUCGGACACACAGACCUUGCGGACCUAGAGUUCCACCCUUCCAACUACAAUCAGGAUCAAGCCAGCGGGAAGAUACCUACCAGCGCUUCGAAUACGGGCGGUUUCUUCGGUGGCUCCUCCGGUUCUCGCGGGAAUGACCCGAACAGCAAGAGGUUCCUCUGGAGCAUGGACUUUUAUGCCCAGUUCUUUGACGUCGAUACGAACGAGGUUCUGAAGAGGUGCUGGGCAGCAUUAUUCCCCCGAGCGAACUUUUUAGAUGUGUUGGACGAUAAUCCGGAUCUUUACGGCCCGUUCUGGAUUACCACUACGGUGGUUUUGAUCUUGUUCCUCAGCUCAACGAUUGCGCAGUACUUUGCUAGGGCGAAAGAUGAGCCUUAUGUGUACGACUUUGGCUUGCUCUCUGGUGCUGCUGGACUUAUGUAUGGCUACACGGGCGUUAUUCCUGUGGCACUAUGGGGCGUUUUGAAAUGGUAUGGGAGCGAAUCUGCGAACCUUUUAGAGUUUCUUGCACUCUACGGAUACGCCAAUCUGAUUUGGGUUCCGGUCGCUAUCGCUUCCGCGUCUCCGAUUACUGUCUUGAACUACUUGUUUGUGGGCAUCGGAUUCGGAGUUUCGGCCUCAUUCUUGUUCCGCAACAUGCGCCCAGUGGUUAGCGCAACUGAUGCGAACUCCAGGAUCCUUCUUCUUGCUAUGAUUAUUGCACUGCAUGCAGGGUUGGCAUUGGCAAUUAAGAUCUUGUUCUUCGCCCACGGUAGCCCUGUUGCCAAGAAGCCAGAAGCACAAACAGGUGAUGCGGGCAGAUCAAGGUCUUUCUAAGGAUGAGAAAAAGAGUGAGUGCCUUUGGGGGAGAGAAGUAUGUAUAUCAGGUAGCGGCACUAUGAACAGGAUUUCAUUUCUCUCCCCUUUCAUUGCCUUUUUAUCCAUGGGUUUUAU